ACCAGAGCUGCCAGACCCCAAGGGCCUAAGCUUUGGGGGUCUGGUGGGGGCCAUGCCAGCCAGUAUGUGCCCAGCAACCACUGAUGGCAGGCCUCGGCCACCCACGGAGCCCAAAGAGAUUUCCACGCCCAAGCCUGCAUGCCUGGGGGAGCUCCCCGUGGCCACCUCAUCUUCCUCAUGCCCAGCGUUUGGCUUUCCUGCCGGCUUCUCGGAGGCUGGGGGUUUUAAUAAGGCCCCUACACCCGUCUCGUCCCCGGAAGCAAGCAUCGGGAGCAGCUACCAGUGUCGGCUGCAGGCACUGAAUUUUUGCAUGGGGGCUGACCCAGGCCUUGAGCACCUCUUGGCUUCAGCAGCCCCCUCCCCUGCACCACCCACCCCUCCAACCUCACUCCGGGCCCCGCUGCCCCUGCCAGCUGACCACAAGGAACCCUGGGUUGCAGGUGGCUUCCCUGUCCAGGGAGGCUCCAGCUACCCGUUGGGGCUGACCCCCUGCCUAUACCGGACCCCAGGAAUGUUCUUCUUUGAGUAAAGGCAGCCUCGUCUCGGGCAGUCCCUGCAGGUCCCUCACCCUCCAGGCUGAGCCUGGCUCUAGGACCUGGAGAACUCUCGAAGGACCCAGCCCUGGUGAGCCAAGGACAACCACACAGAAAGCCAGGAUGGAAACGGUGCUCAGCCUGGCCCCUGGGGCCUCUGGACAAACUUGGGGGUGAGGGGAAGCGGGGCCUCUUGGGAUUGACUCUGUGGCUCUCAGGGCCAAUAAAGCCAUGUGAUGAUGAGGG